CUUGAGGUGAGAUCCCGUUUUUUGUAAGAACUCGUAGAUUUACAGCAAAUAAGACAUGCCAAGUAAAGUGAUUUGCAGUGAGAUCCCUUGUCUGGAUAUAACUUCUAGUUUUACCAAAAGUGAUUGUUAUGCUUCACCAGAGAAUCGUCAGAAAAGCAGUUUCAAGUACCACCUGAUGAGGAUGAGGUCCAUCUUGAUACACUCUUUACACCCCCCCUUGCGGAAGAUCGCCAUAAUGCUGGGGAAACGGACACAGACCGCCCCUUCCAAAGGCCCCGGGAACACGCAGACUGCCCCGCGUGCAGUCGAGGUUCAGCCGCCCCACGAGGAAAGGAUGGUAUGGAGAAGGGGUAAAUACAUCAAGCACACACUUCAGAGCGAUUACGUCAUAGUGCACGCCAUGGCAGACGAGCACCAUGCCAGGCUGAUCCGGGGGAAGCUGGAAAGCAGCGUGAGUGACGUGGUCGUCCUAGGCUCGUGGAGCAUCAGCUUGGGAGACCAGGUCCUCGAAGCGUGGGAGCGGAUGCUUCGCAACACCACGACUGUCUUAGUGUUGAUGUCGAGGGCGCUGUGCUCGGAGAGGCUCCCCGCCUUGACGUCUAUGACAGCGGUACUGGAGCUCGUGACGGUCGUGCCGAUUUUCGUCGAAGACAUCCCUAGGGGUGGGCUGCCCGAUGGAAUCAACAUGUUGCGGUACCGUCAGGGAGUGGACCUGUAUCGGCUUGGGCACGACGCCAGCGUGGCUGAACUCACUCGCCAUACUUCAGUGAUAGCGCGGUACGCUAGAGAGAACGCUUCGCUCAGGAAACUGCAGAAAAUUCGUCUUUAGUCUGUAAAACGACAGAUAACGCUUGUCUGUGACUCAAAAACGGACAUGCAUAUGAAACGGAUCUGGUGGAGCAUUAAACCGGUUUCUAGUCAGUCCAACGAAUAAACAUUGAUUUUGCAGAGGAAAAGAGAGUACUUACAUGUAUAUACUUUGACUAGACCGUGUAUGAGUGUCUGCAUAGGGUUAUUGAGACGCGUGUACGCGUGAGAUACCUUGUCAGAAUACACCUAACUGAUGAAAUUAUAUACUUUGUAAGUUUACAUUGGUGCCAUUUUUAGGAUAAAAGUGCAUUUAAUUUACGCUGCUUUGUGUAUUACCGCCAUAGGUACGUGAUUUCGUAUUGUAGGCGUAGCAUUUAUGACAUAUUUGUUGUUCAGCCUUUCACUGUUCUUUUUUUUUUUAUUUGCCCACUACAUGUAAUUGUCCCUUUCUCUCUCUCUCUCUCUUAUGUUCGUUUUUGGUUACCUUUGCAUAUUUGAAUAUAAUGUUGGUUUAAUUUUUGUGAUUAGAUAUUCUUGGCUAAUUAAUUCUGAAGGAAUAUUCUUACAUGAUUAUUUGGCUUUGGAUAUGCGUUACAUGAAGAUAAUAAACUGUGAUUGAA